GGGGGAGGGAGGGGAGACGGUGAAAGCGCGGACGGGGGUGCCGGGGGCUCGGUAGUUGUGGUCACCCCUGCGUGCGACCGCUCCCGGGAGCCAUGGUGAACAGGGGCCUGUCCGGAGCCGCCGCCGCUGCCGCUGCGUGCUCUCGGGACUGAGAUAUCCGGACUAGCUAGCGAGGAGGCGGUGGUGGCGGCCGGAGGGGCGGGAGCGUAGCGGCCAGCCACCAUGUCGGAUACGCGGCGGCGGGUGAAGGUGUACACCCUGAACGAGGACCGGCAAUGGGACGACAGGGGCACCGGGCAUGUCUCUUCCACCUACGUGGAGCGGCUCAAGGGCAUGUCGCUCCUGGUGCGGGCCGAGUCCGACGGGUCACUACUGUUGGAAUCAAAGAUAAAUCCAAACACUGCAUAUCAGAAACAACAGGAUACAUUAAUUGUUUGGUCAGAAGCUGAAAACUAUGACCUGGCUCUGAGUUUUCAGGAGAAGGCUGGCUGUGAUGAGAUCUGGGAAAAAAUUUGCCAGGUUCAGGGUAAAGACCCUUCAGUAGAAGUCACUCAGGACCUCAUUGAUGAGUCAGAAGAAGAACGAUUUGAAGAAAUGCCUGAAACCAGUCAUUUAAUUGAUCUGCCUGCAUGUGAACUCAACAAACUUGAAGAGAUUGCUGACUUAGUUACCUCAGUUCUCUCCUCACCUAUUCGUAGGGAAAAGUUAGCACUGGCCUUGGAAAAUGAAGGUUAUAUUAAAAAACUACUGCAGCUUUUCCAAGUUUGUGAGAACCUAGAGAACACUGAAGGCUUACACCAUUUGUAUGAAAUAAUUAGAGGAAUAUUAUUCCUAAAUAAAGCAACUCUAUUUGAGGUGAUGUUUUCUGAUGAGUGUAUUAUGGAUGUCGUGGGAUGCCUUGAGUAUGAUCCUGCUUUGGCUCAGCCAAAAAGGCAUAGGGAAUUCUUGACCAAAACAGCAAAAUUUAAAGAAGUUAUACCAAUAACAGACUCUGAACUUAGGCAAAAGAUCCAUCAGACUUACAGGGUACAAUACAUUCAGGACAUCAUUUUGCCAACGCCAUCUGUUUUUGAAGAGAAUUUUCUUUCUACUCUUACAUCCUUUAUUUUCUUCAACAAAGUUGAGAUUGUCAGCAUGUUGCAGGAAGAUGAGAAAUUUUUGUCUGAAGUUUUUGCACAGUUAACAGAUGAAGCUACAGAUGAUGAUAAACGGCGUGAAUUGGUUAAUUUUUUCAAGGAAUUCUGUGCAUUUUCUCAAACAUUACAACCUCAAAACAGGGAUGCAUUUUUCAAAACUUUGGCAAAAUUGGGGAUUCUUCCUGCUCUUGAAAUUGUAAUGGGAAUGGAUGAUUUGCAGGUCAGGUCUGCCGCUACAGAUAUAUUUUCUUAUCUAGUAGAGUUUAGUCCAUCCAUGGUCCGAGAAUUUGUUAUGCAAGAAGCCCAGCAGAGUGAUGAUGAUAUCCUUCUCAUUAAUGUAGUAAUUGAACAAAUGAUCUGUGAUACUGACCCUGAACUAGGGGGAGCUGUUCAAUUAAUGGGACUCCUUCGUACUUUAAUUGAUCCAGAGAACAUGCUGGCUACAGCUAAUGUAAGACGAUAUCCAGGGAAAACUGAAAAAAGCGAAUUUCUAAAUUUCUUCUAUAAUCAUUGUAUGCAUGUUCUCACAGCACCACUUUUGGCUAAUACUUCAGAAGACAAAUGUGAAAAGGAUGAAAUAGUUGGCGCUAACAAAAGUAACACCGUUUGCCCUGAUAACUACCAAACAGCACAGCUGCUUGCCUUAAUUUUGGAAUUACUCACAUUUUGUGUGGAACACCACACAUAUCACAUAAAAAAUUAUAUUAUGAACAAAGAUUUGCUAAGACGUGUUCUUGUCUUAAUGAAUUCAAAACAUACGUUCCUGGCAUUAUGUGCUCUUCGUUUCAUGAGGAGAAUAAUUGGUCUUAAAGAUGAAUUUUACAACCGUUAUAUCACCAAGGGAAAUCUUUUUGAGCCAGUUAUAAAUGCCCUUCUGGAUAAUGGAACCCGAUACAACCUGCUAAACUCAGCUGUCAUUGAAUUGUUUGAAUUCAUAAGAGUGGAAGAUAUCAAGUCUCUUACUGCACAUAUAGUUGAAAAUUUUUAUAAGGCCCUUGAAUCAAUUGAAUAUGUUCAGACAUUCAAAGGAUUGAAGACAAAAUAUGAACAAGAAAAAGACAGACAAAGUCAGAAACUGAACAGUGUACCAUCUAUAUUGCGUAGCAACAGAUUUCGAAGAGAUGCAAGAACCUUGGAGGAAGAUGAAGAAAUGUGGUUCAAUGAAGAUGAAGAGGAAGAAGGUGAAGCAGUUGUGCCUCCAGGUGAAAAGUCAAAGCCAGAGGAUGAUUUUCCAGAUAGCUAUGAAAAGUUUAUGGAAACGAAAAAAGCAAAAGAAAGUGAAGACAAAGAAAAUCUUCCCAAAAGGACAUCCUCUGGUGGCUUCAAAUUUACUUUCUCUCAUUCUGCCAGUGCUGCUAAUGGAGCAAAUAGUACGAACAGUAAAUCUGUAGCUGCUCAAACAACACCAGCAAGUUCUAAUGGAUCUUCUUCCAAAAAUACAAGCUUAACUACAUCAGUAACAGCCACUAAAGGAAGUCUGGUUGGCCUAGUAGAUUAUCCAGAUGAUGAAGAAGAGGAGGAAGAAGAGGAGACAUCUCCAAGAAAAAGACCUCGCCUUGGCUCAUAAAAACUUUGGGGGGGAGGGGAACCUCACAGUGGGGUAUUAGUAAAUGCUGCAACUGUUCAGUGAGCUUAAAAGUCUGAAUCAGAAAGCUUUCUCCCUUGAACAUAUAAGAUAACAUACAAGGAGUAGCAAAAGACACUCAGUGUAUCAACUAGAAGAGUUUAGUUCUGUAAACACCAGGCUUCCAAGGAACUUUUCUCUUUCUAGUAAUUAAGGAGUUUGCCUUUCAGGCUGUCAAAAAAUGGUGGGUUAGUAGUAAUCAGAACCUGGGUGACAGCUUCUCAGCAAGGAAAGUCUCAGGUUUGGGGAGG